CAAGAGUUUCUUGAUGAUUUGUAUACACGUCUGUGGUUCACUUACCGUUCCGGAUUCCCGAUCAUAGAGCGAGAUACAAACGGCCCCUCUCCUUUAUCCAUAGGUUCUAUAUUGAGAGGAACUUUGGAUAUAAAUAAUCUGGGAAAAGGAUUUACAACUGAUUCUGGCUGGGGAUGUAUGAUAAGGACUAGUCAGUCGUUGUUAGCAAAUGCGCUAAUUGCAUUGAAACUGGGACGAGAUUGGCAAUUUAGUAGUUCAUCUCCUGAAAAUCUUGAACAGCACUGGGAAAUAGUAGAACAAUUUGCAGAUGUUCCCGAGGCAGCGUAUUCUAUUCAGAACUAUGUCUUGUAUGCAGCAAAGUAUUGCGGAAAACGGCCCGGAGAAUGGUUUGGUCCCUCCAAUGCGGCGAAAAGUAUUCAAAAAUUAUGUGAAGAGAAGUCCUCAGUCUCAAAUAUGAAAGUGUACAUAUCAACUGAUUCAGGGGAUAUUUUUGAGGAUGAGGUAUUGAAACUUUCGGCAGAAAAUGAUUCUGAAUCUUUUACUCCAAUUUUGAUUUUAUGUGGUGUAAGACUAGGUGUUCAAAAUAUCAAUUCCCUUUACUGGGAAUUUUUGAAAUUUUUGCUACAACUUUCAUAUAGUGUUGGAAUUUCUGGGGGCCGACCUUCAUCCUCGCAUUACUUUUUUGGUUAUCAGUCUGAUUACCUAUUUUAUCUUGAUCCACACGUGCCACAGAGUGCCAUCUUGAAAAAAAUCCUUGAAACAAUACACUCUAAAAAGCUCAGGAAGUUACACAUCAGCAAAAUUGAUCCUUCAAUGUUGAUCGGGUUCUUAAUAAAAAGUAAAAGUGACUAUGACGAUUUCAAAGAGAAAAUC